AUGUCCAUAUCCCAGGAUGUCCCUCACAAUGCCGAUGCUUUCCCCUGGGAUAUUGGUGUCUAUGACGCACACUGCCAUCCGACCGAUACGAUGGCCUCGAUCGCCAGCAUCCCCGCCAUGAAAGCGACGACCCUCACCAUCAUGGCCACGCGGGGUGAAGACCAGGAGCUGGUUCAACAAACGGCGGAGUCUGUCAAUGGCAAUAACGAUUCUCCGAGGGAAGGAAGAAUUGUACCGGCUUUUGGUUGGCACCCAUGGUUUUCACAUCAGAUCCUAGACGACACACAAUCAGACAGCCCGCAACAGAAAGACGCGCACUACGCAGCUGUCCUAACACCCUCCCCGUCCGAGGAUCCUGAGUUUAUAAAGCGCCUCCCAGAACCGAAGCUGCUAUCCACGCUGGUAGCCGAGACACGAGAGCGAUUGAAGCGCUUUCCAAACGCUCUCGUCGGCGAGGUGGGGCUUGACAAAAUGUUCCGAUUACCUGGGGCGUGGACACAACACGAUCUCGAUAAUCGCAACGAAGAAAUCACUCCCGGAUCACGCGAGGGACGACGUCUGUCCCCGUAUAAAGUCAAGAUAGCCCAUCAGCGACUAGUAUUGAAAACGCAACUGCAGCUAGCGGGGGACAUGCAGCGCGCUGUCUCGGUGCACAGCGUACAGUCGCAUGGGGCAGUCUUCGAGGUGCUCAAGGAAUUAUGGAAAGGACAUGAACGGGUAGCCUUGUCCCGAAGGAAAAGAGAGAAGCUACAAGAUGCCGAAGGAGCGAUAUCCGAAGAUGAAGAGGAAGAUGAAGAUAGACGAGAGAAGCAUCGGACUACCACAAAUAACAGUAAGCCGGGAAAUACCCAGCAGCCGCUCCCAUUCCCACCACGCAUCUGUAUGCACUCAUACUCCGGACCGAUCGACCCAAUCCGGCAGUUCCUGCAACAGUCGAAUCCGUCGGACGUUUACUUUUCGUUCUCGGCGGUCAUUAACUUCAGUGGGUUAUCAGCACGGAAAGUCACUGAUGUGAUCAAGGUGCUGCCUGCAGAGCGCAUCUUGAUCGAGAGUGAUCUCCACACCGCUGGAGCGCAGAUGGAUGAACUACUCGAAGAUGCAGCCCGUCAGAUCUGUGAGAUACGCGGCUGGGAGCUGAAAGAAGGCGUGCAGCAGCUUGCAGAUAACUGGAGACGGUUCGUCUUUGGAUGA